CUCUGAACGAACCUUUAUCACACGUAGCUUUUUAGAUUAUUUUUACCCAGGAUUUUAAUUAAUUCUUUUUAAUUUUUAACACAUAAGGUUUUUUAGAUAAACUUUUAAGUAUGGAUGUCGAAAAAAGUACUUAUUCUCGCAGCAAAAGCACCAUUCAACGAAGGCAAACUCUCCAGGAUUCACGAGCGAGCAAAAACUCUCCAAGAAAGCGUACUUACCAGAGGGACCAGACCUCAAGAAAAAAUCAUUGGCAAUCAAAAGAUUGCAAAACAUCUUCAUGUCCUAAUGAUGACCUGCGUUCUCCUUGUCACAAACAUCCACGAUUCAAAGCACAGCAAGAUAGUACUCCAACAGACAAACCCAGAAGGAAAGGACCAUGGAAUAAAGGGAUUGAGACAAGUCAAGAAGAAACCCAGAAAACUGUACUUGAAAAGAAAGAUUUUCCACCUCUUGGCUUCAACAUUGAGAGAUUUACUCCAGAGACAAACAAAGAUUGGGGAAGUAUAGUUGAUGAAGARGAAGAACUUCAGUUAAAGAAACAGAGCAGUAAAGAAAAUCAAAAGCCUCUCAAAUUUAAAAGACGCCUCUUGCUGUCAGCAUCAGACUCRAGCGAAUCCAAAGACACCAAUAAGAAUGUAGAGCAUGGUGAAGAGAAGACAAAACCCAAGGUCCUAAGGCCAAUGAUUGCAGACCCUCACAAGCUUGCACAAAGACAAAAACAGAUAGAUAUUGGCAAGAACACAGUAUCAUAUGGGCAUUACAUUAAGACAGUCUCAAGACAAGAAAGAUCAAAGGAAGAUCCAUGGACACCAGACAAGUUUCAGCAGUGCAGCACCCGUUCAUGGGUGGGUCAGAUAAAGGUGUGGCGUCGACGACUGCACAGUUACGAUUUAUCAUCKGAGAUUAAGGAAGACUUGUUCUCUACAUCAUCARCAAGUUCUAGUCAGACCACUGAUGACAUUGGCAUGGAUACAAUAGAAGAACCAASACAAACACCAAGAACAAUAGAAGACAUGUUUGAAGGCUUUGAUUUAGACAGCUGUCUGCAAGAUGAUGGGUACCCUUUGUAAUAUGAUAAGAAUAUUGGGCUAAUUUACAGAGGUUAUUAUAGUAUYCAUAGAGAUUCAUGUACAAGACUUGAUUUUAAGCAUACUGUAUUUACAGACAAAUAAGCUAUACACCUUGUCUGAAUAAUUAUUCUGAAUUUUGGCACGCUAUGAAAGAGCUGCUUGUAAAUUUGAGAAAGACUUACCUGGCAAAUAUCUCAAUAACUUUUAUGGUCAUUCAAAACCUGCUUUGAAYUAUUAUCAAAACAUGUGAAUACUUUGAUCAAUAACAAAAAAGUGUGAGGUAAAUUGUUCUCAUUGAAGGCAUUCUAUUUUUUCUAUUUUACAGUAUUUUUAAUAGUAUGAAUUACCUGGUCUAACUUGUUAGAUAUAUUGUUUGCACUCUACUGUUUUUUUAGUUUACAAAAUAUUUUUAAUCUGUCAUUAUCGUUGUUUAGAUAUUCAUUGCCUGAUUUCAUACUGUGGRAGACUGGGUCCCUUUUCUUCUGUUCACUCUUCCAUUCAAAUAGCAUAAAGGGAAAAUAAGAGUAAAUUUUUGCUUUUACAAUGUAUUUAAAUUUAAAACAAACAAACGCUUGAAAGGGAUGCCAGUAGACCAUGGUCCUAUAAACCAAACUAUGUUGCUUUUCUCACAGCCUUCAUGCAGUCACACAGUUUUGGUUUGGCUGCAUGCCUGCAAUUCUAUACAGUACAAUCUUUACUUAUAUCACAAUCAUCAAGUGUUGUACAGUACAGUCUCCCAUGGUAUGAAUGAGGCAAUGCCUAAAAUUGCCAUCCUUUUAUAUAUUCACCGUUGUGUUCUAGAGUGACCAGGAAACAMCUUUGAAACACUAACUGCUAAUCCGUAAUUGGGAUUCGAAAAAAAA